GUUGGGCGAUCCGGGGCGGGGCUCGGACAAAAGGGGGCGGGAUCCAACGCUAGCCUCACACCUGGUCCUGGGAGGCCCCACCAACGGCUUCACGAAAACUCUGCUCGGUAGAGAGUUAUUGUCCCUACUUCACAGGUGAGGAAACUAAGGCUCAGGAAAGAGAGAGAAAUAACAUGCAGGGAUGUGGCCAGAUCAUCUCUCUGUCCAUAGCACCCACUCGAAGCCCAGGGAAUUUUCAGUGAAUACUGGCUGAAUGAACAAAUGGGUCUGUGCUAAGAAUGUGUGCGCUGAUGAUGCCCAGAUUCUUGGGGCUUGGACACGGAGCUUGUGUGAAUAUUAUCUGUGCCUCGGCCACACACCCACCGCCAAUGAGAGCCUAGGCCCAUGGGAUUCCCCUGAUUGGAGAGAGAAUGGUAAAGGAAGAAGUCUUACCUGGAGGCGAGCGCUCACGGCCAUCUGGUGGUCACCUGGGGGAACUGCAGGUACCAUGAUGUGGGGUGCAGGCAGCCCCCUGGCCUGGCUCUCUGCUGGCUCAGGAAACGUGAAUGUGAGCAGCGUGGGCUCAGCAGAGGGGCCCACAGGCCCAGGCGCACCGCUACCCUCACCCAAGGCCUGGGAUGUGGUGCUGUGCAUCUCAGGCACCCUGGUGUCCUGUGAGAACGCGCUGGUGGUGGCCAUCAUUGUGGGCACUCCCACCUUCCGCGCGCCCAUGUUCCUGCUGGUGGGCAGCCUGGCCGUGGCCGACCUGCUGGCAGGCCUGGGCCUGGUCCUGCACUUUGCUGCUGUGUUCUGCAUCGGCUCGGCGGAGAUGAGCCUGGUGCUGGUUGGCGUGCUGGCGAUGGCCUUCACCGCCAGUGUCGGCGGCCUACUCGCCAUCACCGUCGAUCGCUACCUUUCUCUGUACAAUGCCCUCACCUACUAUUCAGAGACAACGGUGACUCGGACUUAUGUGAUGCUGGCCCUAGUGUGGGGGGGCGCCCUGGGUCUGGGGCUGCUGCCUGUGCUGGCCUGGAACUGUCUGGAUGCCCGGGCCACCUGUGGCGUGGUAUAUCCACUCUCCAAGAACCAUCUGGUGGUCCUGGCCAUUGCCUUCUUCAUGGUGUUUGGCAUCAUGUUGCAGCUCUAUGCCCAGAUCUGCCGCAUCGUCUGCCGCCAUGCCCAGCAGAUUGCCCUCCAGCGGCAUCUGCUGCCCGCCUCCCACUACGUGGCCACCCGAAAAGGCAUCGCCACACUGGCCGUGGUGCUUGGCGCCUUUGCUGCCUGUUGGCUGCCCUUCACUGUCUACUGCCUGCUGGGCGAUGCCCAUUCCCCACCCCUCUACACCUAUCUCACCCUGCUCCCUGCGACCUAUAACUCCAUGAUCAACCCCAUCAUCUACGCCUUCCGCAACCAGGACGUGCAGAAGGUGCUGUGGGCCAUCUGCUGCUGUUGUUCCUCUUCCAAGAUCCCCUUCCGAUCCCGUUCCCCCAGUGAUGUCUAGUCAUAUCUUGGUGACCCUUCAGCCCUGAUCACUACAGAAUUCCAGAAUGUUAGGUCCUCCAGGGCUUUGUUCCAACCCCCCCCCCCCCCCCCC